AUGGAGGCGAUACUCAACCAUCUCAACCCGGUCCUCCUGGACGGCGUCUAUGGCUCGUCGUUCCGACUGGCCGAGACCAUAUGUGCAACCACGAAUGGAACAGACUCGGGCUGGCUACAAUCCUCGCAAUUCCUCUGGCAACGGCAUGGUCUGUGCCGCCAAAGCAUCAGCAUCUUCUUGGUGACAUGGCUUUCAAGCUCGCUUUUCUACCUCCUCUUCGGGACCGUCUGCUAUUACCGCAACUUUGACCAGUCGUUGAAAAAGCAGCCAAAGUUCCGCCCGAACCAGAUCCGCUCCGAGAUCACAGCCUCUCUGACCGCACUGCUGGUCUUCAACGUACUGACAGUGCCCAUCUUCGUGGCCCAGGUGCGCGGGUUCGCCAAGAUCUACGCGUUUGGGACGGGUAGCGCUUGGUACGAGGUGGCGCAGUAUCCUCUCUUCGUGCUCUUCAGCGAUACGUGCAUGUACUGGCUGCACAGGGCAUUUCACCAUCCCGUGCUGUUCAGGAUGGCGCAUUACAAACACCACAUGUUCGUCAUUCCGACGCCGUUUUCUGCGUAUGCCUUUGACCCGCUCGAAGGGUGGAUCAUGAGCCUGCCUAUUUACGCCUACAGCUUCAUUUGGCCCAUGUCAGACGUAGGGCAGCUAGUUGUCUUUUUCGUGACCAACAUUUGGACAUUUCUGCUCCACGACAACCGGGAUCAGUUUCACACGGUGCACCACAAGAGCAUCCAAUUCAACUUUGGGCAGUUUUCCGACAUGUGGGACAGGCUGGGGGGGACAUACGCGGACCCCGACAUAUUUUUCGACCCUGUCCAUAAAAGGCGAGGGCAGGUGAAGUUUCAGACAUAA